UUGACCAAAAUGACUUAUUCUGUAAGUCAUUCCUGAAUACAACAUACAACCCUGCCUUUUCCUCCAUGUUUUCUUUCUUCAAAUCCACAAAAAAAACUGAAUCAAAACCAAACUAAACACUAAUCUUUUUUAUCUCCCGAAGCUCCAAAUCUAAUCCCAUAUCUGUCUUUUCUUUAUUCUUUCUUUUUCAUUAAGAAAAGGAUAUAUAUUUCUCAAAAACAAUUCUUUCUCUUGUUUUAAUCUAGUAAAUAAUUGAUUUUCUUUUUACAAAUCUGUUUGUGUUUUAUCAUAUAAUUCAAAGCCCCUUUCCAUCUCCGUCAGAUGUCUAUUAGAAACCCUUUAUACACAAACCCCAAGCCCUGUAAGCAUCUUGCAGAUUACAAGCUUAAGAAUGGCUUGAGUGGGUUCAAAUCACUGCAAAACUUGCUCAAAACCAAUCCAAAUGGAAAGUCAAGUGUUAAAAUCCACCCAACAGAAAUACCCAGAUGCAGUUUUUGUAAUGGGUAUCAGGAAAGAUUAUAUAUUUGCUUGAUUUGCUCGUCGGUUUCAUGUUCUAUUCAUUGUGUUUCUCAUACUGAGUCUGAGACUGGCCAUGAUAUAGCUGUGGAUAUUGAAAGAUCAGAGCUUUAUUGUGUUGUGUGUUGUGAUCAGGUUUAUGAUCCUGAUUUUGAUAAGAUUGUGAUGUUAAAACACAUCACCGAUUUACCAAGAAACAGGAAUGGAAUUGAUGAGGCCGGUGGUGUUAUGAGGAGAUCAAGUAAGAGGAGGAGACUGUUAGCAGGGGAACAAUUGGAUUUGAAGAAUUCAAAGCUUCUGAUUUCAAUGAGAGAUCAGAGAGCUAAAUCAUGUUAUCCAUUGGGUUUGAGAGGCUUGAAUAAUUUGGGCAAUACUUGUUUCAUGAAUAGUGUGUUGCAAGCUCUGCUUCAUGCUUUCCCUUUUAGAAAUCACUUCUUGAGUGAUCAGCAAAACCAUGAAGUAUGCAGGAAAAAAUCAUCAGAUCGUUUAUGUUUACAUUGUGACAUUGUUGUUAUCUUCUCAGCUGUGUUUUCUGGCGAUCGGACCCCAUAUAGCCCUGCUCAGUUUCUUUACAGUUGGUGGCGGCAUUCAGCAAAUCUAGCUAGUUAUGAGCAGCAGGAUGCUCAUGAGUUCUUCAUUUCAGUGUUGGACGGGAUCCAUGAGAAGGAGGGCAAGGCAAGGAACCCUAUAAAAGAUAAUGGAGAUUGCCAGUGUAUUGCUCAUAGAGUAUUCUCCGGACUUUUGAGAUCAGAUGUCACUUGCAUGUCUUGUGGAUUUACUUCCACAACUUAUGACCCUUGUGUAGACAUUUCACUCAAUUUGGAUACAGUUAAUUGCUCUUCAGCAGAUUCACCUAACAAGUCUAUCAAACAUAAUGAUAAUACAUACGUAUCUACUCUUUUGGGCUGUUUGGAUUUAUUUACAAGGCCAGAGAAGUUGGGGUCUGACCAGAAAUUCUUCUGCGAAAAUUGUCAAGAAAGGCAGGACUCACUGAAGCAAAUGUCCAUUAAACGGCUUCCGUUGGUGUUGUGCUUACAUAUUAAACGAUUUGAGCACUCUUCAAUCAGAAAGAUGUCAAGGAAAAUUGAUCGUUAUUUGCAAUUUCCUUUCAGUUUAGACAUGAACCCCUAUUUAUCCUCCUCUGUGGUCAGAAGCAGAUUUGGAAAUAGAAUUUUUCCUUUUGAGGGCAAUGACUCGGAUACUUCUGCAGAAUUUGAGAUUUUUGCUGUUGUUACUCAUUCUGGGAUGUUAGAUGCAGGACAUUAUGUGACUUAUUUGCGUCUGAAAGAACAGUGGUACAAAUGUGAUGAUGCAUGGGUUACUGAAGUUGAUGAGGGGAUAGUUAGAGCUUCACAGUGUUAUAUGUUGUUCUAUGUGCAGAAAAUGCUUUAUUACAAAGAAAAUGAGGACUUGAGUAGCCAGCCACUAGUUCCUUCUCAGAGCGACCCCUUUGUUGCUAUAAAUGGUUGUUGCUAAAGCCGAAGCUAAUCAAGUGUUAAGUAGAUCAAAUAAUGCCUGAGAUUGACUAAACCCCGAGUGAGACAGGAAAAAAGAUAUUCUUCACUGAUGUGUGGCCUCUUUUGCAUCAAAUCUCCUGGCCCAGGACAUGAUUAACCACGGCUAUCAAGUUUGUGCCAUGGAAGGCUAGGAUGAUAAGAUCAGUGCUGAUAUUUGUUUAAUACCCACUGCAAUAAGUUCUCUUUUGAAGGUAUUUUAAGAUUAGUCUCUUCAUCAACUGAAAGCAAUAUUGACCAAAAAAGAGUGGAGCCACUUCAUCAUAACAUCAUUUGCAUGCCCCAGCUCUUUACAAAAUUUCUUGUUUCAGGAAUCUCUGACUGCAGUAAGACAUGUACAGUACAGAUAUGAUAUUUAUUCAUCAACAAAUUGAUUACUAAACAACUAAUAGAGUUUGACAUUUCCAAAUUCAGCAUCUUGGUGGUGAUUAUUGGUUUCUGGUUUUUCUUCCAAUAUACUCGCUGCAUACAUGAUGAAACUGUUCAAAAAAGAAGCUGCACUUUUGUCAUUCAUCUUAUGAAAGCAUUAUUUUACUGCA